UACCUUUAGUGCAAUAUAGCUACAAGUAUAGAGUAAAACAAAUUGAAUGUUCUUUCUAUAACUCUGCAUAUUGCAUAUGUAUGUUCUCCAAGACCCUCCCCUUCUCUGAAUGACAGACAGCAACUAUAUAGUGUUUCCUGUUGACAUAAUAAUAUACCAAAUGCUGUACUCAUCUUUUAGUCUCUUGAGCCUCUAAGCUGAAACAAAGAAAGCAGUAUAAAAGAGUGAUUCACUAUGACCAGCAUGACUGUUCACCAUGCAGUAAUCAUUGGAAUGUUAUCAAUCAUUUCAACUAUCAGCACUGCUCAACAAGAGUGCUUCAAUGGACAAGUUCGUAAACUUCAUUCUGAUCUCCUUGAGUAUUGUUACAAUGGAGAAUGGAGAUUGGUCUAUUACUCAGCGAGUCAGUGGAGUACGAAUAUGACAAGGGCUGUGUGUGCACAACUGGGUUACCAGGAUUUUUUCGGAUUAGUGCGAGGGGGAAGUCAGAGUGGUGCAGGAAAAUUUGUAACUCUGAAAGAAUGCAACGAACCAGGACUAACAGGAUGCAUAGAGACACCUAGUGACAGCUGUACUGAGUGCUCUCCUGUGUUUCUACAGUGUACCGCAGCUAAUUGUGAUGAUGGAGAGAUAAGACUGGUGGGUGGCAGAGACACUGACAGACAGGGACGAGUGGAGGUGUGUGCUAGCCAGCGAUGGAGGACAGUUUGCACUGGCAGUCAAGAAGUGGCAGGAGCUGUUUGUUUACAAAUGGGAUACAUCUUUGAAGGAGGCACUGUUGCACCACCAAACUCAUUUCCUCCUGGAGCAUUCCCUGAGUACAGACUGGACUGUACACACCUAAGCAAUGGAGCAUGGCACUGUAGUCCAGUUGAACAACAAUGUGACAGCUUUGUGGAGCUUGGAGUUGUUUGUAAGAACUAUGAAAAUCUGUACGAUGAAUGUUCAACGAACUGUACACUGUCAAGAUUGUCAGUAACUAUUACACAGUCACCUACCACCAAGCAAGGUAAAUUUAAUGUUAUAGACAAUAAGCGGUAUUUUUACUGCACGACAUGCCAAAUAAUAGCUGUUUGUGCUAACAAUUCAACUGUGGCAGUAACCACUCCAAUGGCAUGUAAUUCCACCACCUCCAUUGUUGGCAUUGGUGUACUGGUGGCUCUGUUACUAGCUGUAUCAGUUGGUUGGAUGGUGUCCUGUGUUAUUCUACUCAAGAGAGGACAGAUUGUGCACAAACAACAUGUUGAUGCAGGUACUAUCUCAACAAGGAGCAAUCAGAGCUACACACAACAGGACAUCAACACACAGCUCUACGCUGAGGCCACCCCUCCUGAUACAACCUACAGUAGGCUGAACAGAAGUGAUAAACAGACGGAGGAAAUUGCUACCUACAAUUACGCUGAUCCCAACCAGAUAAGAGUAGAGCGUUCCCAAGCAACCAACCCACCACCAGUGAGUGGUGAAGCUAUCGUGAGAGAAGAGGAGUUCUACAUUGCUGAGGAUCACACGUACGCAGCUGUCAAUAAGAAAGCCAAAAAGAAAAAGAAACCAAAGAAUGCAGAAUCUGAUGCAGAAGGAGAGAGUGAAGCCCCGCCUCCUUUUGUUAGCACCCUGGCUGAAGUGUAGGGUGGUGGUGACUGAACACUGUGAACUGAGAUAUUGACACUAACUUAUGCUGCCUGUAAAAUUACGUCCCUAGUAGUAUAGAGAGAGAGUGAAUACACAAAAUGGGUGAUAUAAUUAUUGUACUGUAGUACACUCACAUAUAAUUAUUAUAACAUUAUGAGAGUGCCCUUUCAAAAUAUUGUCGGCAGCUAGGUGAUUCGUUUUAUAAAACGUAUACAGGAAACUGAAUUGAGGAUCAAAUAAGAAUAUAUAACAGUGGACAUUUGCUGCAUCAAGUACAAGUAAGAGUCGUGGUAACUGACCAAUCUGAGUGCUGCCUGGAGACUUGCCUCGAG